AUGGCCCCAGAGGAAGACGCUGGAGGGGAGGCCCUAGAGGGCAGUUUCUGGGAGGCUGGCAACUACAGGAGGACCGUGCAGCGGGUGGAGGACGGGCAUCGGCUAUGUGGGGAUCUGAUCAGCUGUUUCCAGGAGCGCGCCCGCAUCGAGAAGGCCUAUGCCCAGCAGCUGGCUGAUUGGGCCCGCAAGUGGAGGGGCACCGUGGAAAAGGGCCCCCAGUACGGCACGCUGGAGAAGGCCUGGCACGCCUUCUUCACGGCAGCUGAGAGGCUGAGUGCGCUGCACCUGGAGGUGCGGGAGAAGCUUCAGGGGCAGGACAGCGAGCGGGUGCGCUCCUGGCAGCGGGGGGCCUUCCACCGGCCAGUGCUGGGUGGCUUCCGCGAGAGCCGGGCCGCCGAGGAUGGCUUCCGCAAGGCCCAGAAGCCCUGGCUAAAGAGGCUGAAGGAGGUUGAGGCGUCUAAGAAGAGCUACCAUGCGGCCCGGAAGGAGGAGAAGACAGCCCAGACUCGGGAGAGCCACGCAAAGGCAGACAGCGCCGUCUCCCAGGAGCAGCUGCGCAAGCUGCAGGAGCGGGUGGAACGCUGCACCAAGGAGGCUGAGAAGAUGAAAACCCAGUAUGAGCAGACGCUGGCGGAGCUGCAUCGCUACACCCCGCGCUACAUGGAAGACAUGGAGCAGGCCUUCGAAACCUGCCAGGCCGCGGAGCGCCAGCGGCUUCUGUUCUUCAAGGAUAUGCUGCUUACCUUACACCAGCACCUCGACCUCUCCAGCAGUGAGAGGUUCCAGGAACUCCACCGAGACCUGCAUCAGGGCAUCGAGGCAGCCAGUGACGAAGAGGAUCUGCGCUGGUGGCGCAGCACCCACGGGCCAGGCAUGGCCAUGAACUGGCCACAGUUUGAGGAGUGGUCCUUGGAUACACAGAGGACGAUUAGCAGGAAGGAGAAGGGUGGCCGGAGCCCUGAUGAGGUUACUCUGACCAGUAUCGUGCCCACGAGAGAUGGCGCUGCACCCCCACCCCAGUCCCUGGGGUCUGCAGGCGGUGGGCAGGAUGAGGAGUGGUCAGAUGAGGAGAACACUCGGAAGGCUGCCACAGGGGUGCGGGUGCGGGCACUCUAUGACUACGCUGGCCAGGAAGCUGAUGAGCUGAGCUUCCGAGCAGGGGAGGAGCUGCUGAAGAUGAGCGAGGAGGAUGAGCAGGGCUGGUGCCAGGGCCAGUUGCAGAGUGGCCGCAUCGGUCUGUACCCUGCCAAUUACGUGGAGUGUGUGGGGGCCUGA